AUGGAUGCUAAGCCACAACGCCCUGUGCGUAUCCUACGCGUUCGACCAGACGAAAAUGCUCUGCCUACCUUACCUGGAGGGAAGACAAUUCAUCAACGAAACAAAUCUAGCCCAGCACUCUCAUCAGCCCUUGGUGCAGCUGGCUUGAAAGCACCAGCUAAGAGAACUGCAUUCGGAGACGUCAGCAAUACCAACAACGGUGUGCGACCCACAAAGGACGACGGUGCAAUUCAGUUGAAGCAAGCAGUACAGGUCAAUGAGAAACCAGUAUCAUUGGUUGCGGACAAGAAAACAACGACGUUUCUCAAACAAGCGUCUCGGCCUUACUCAGUUGCCAAUCUUAGAGGUCUACUCGCUGGUGGUAGCGGUAAUACAAGCACUGAAGUAGUAACAAAGCCUACGCCAACUGAGACCGACACGUCCGCAAAUUACCGCAAACAACCAACUAAACGAUCUACAACCACCAUCUUCAAGGAUGUGACACUUAGCGCUGUUGAGGAGCCUGCUUCCAAAUCGAGGACAGAGAUUGAAUCUGCUGCGACUUCUAUUUCCCUCACCAAGCCGUCACUUCCAUUAGAUGUCUCUUUCAUCACAAACGGAACAGAUGUUCAACAGCCGGAAGCUAUUCUUGCUUCAGACGCGAGCCUCGACCGCGCAGAGAAGUCUUGGACUGAACCAAACACAGAGUCAAAUGAAGUAGAGGAUUUGGCAGCAUUGAGAUCCGAUGGCAUCUACAUUGAUGACAAUGGCAACGUACAGAUAUAUCAAGAGGUACAGCUAGAGGCAGAUGACCGGAACCAACCCACUUACCCUCUAUCAAAGCCGGCUUCCACAGGCCAAACAAAAUUAGAAGUCUAUCCUGCAUCUACUACUGAAGUUCACGCGUCGAGUGUCCCAGUCGCAGACAGUGUGCAGAGCCAACUGGCACAACGUGCUGAGCCCGAAGAGUACUGGGAGGAAGACGAUGAGAACUACGACGAGGAAGGCUACGUUACUGCUCGCUCGUUUCGAUCUCGAGGAGAGAACACGACCGGAGGAGCAACAACAGUACUCUUUCCACUAGUCAACCAGAAGAUCAAGAAGGAGAUCGAAGCUGCGAAGCAGUUAGUAGAGGCCGAGAGGACCCCGGAAGAGAUCGAGGACGAGUGCUUCGAUACCAGCAUGGUGGCAGAGUAUGGUGAUGAGAUCUUUGAGUAUAUGAAGGAUCUCGAGGUCAAGAUGCUGCCAAAUCCACAUUACAUGGACAACCAGGCAGAGAUCAAGUGGUCGAUGCGGACAGUCCUCAUGGAUUGGGUGAUCCAAGUUCAUCAUCGGUUCAACCUCCUGCCGGAAACCUUGUUUCUCACAGUCAACUACAUCGACCGCUUCCUUUCGUGUAAGAUCGUUUCCCUUGGAAAGCUGCAGUUAGUGGGAGCAACUGCCAUCUUCAUUGCUGCCAAGUAUGAAGAGAUCAAUUGUCCUUCAGUGCAAGAGAUCGUCUACAUGGUCGAUGGUGGAUAUACGAUUGACGAGAUUCUCAAGGCGGAGAGAUUCAUGCUUACUAUGCUUCAAUUCGAACUCGGCUGGCCAGGGCCGAUGAGUUUCCUUCGCAGAAUCAGCAAGGCAGAUGACUACGACCUUGAGACGAGGACGCUAGCGAAGUACUUCUUGGAGGUGACAGUCAUGGACGAACAAUUCCUUGGAAGCCCACCAAGUUUCACUGCGGCGGCGGCGCAUUGCCUUGCUCGAUUGAUGCUCAGAAAGGGCCGAUGGACACCUCAGCAUGUGUGCUACUCCGACUAUACGUACACCCAGCUCCUUCGCCUUUUGCCACGAAUUGUGGAAUGUUGUGAGCAACCUCGCAAGCAUCAUGCACAGGUCUUCCAAAAGUACUCUGACAAGCGAUACAAACGGGCUUCCAUCUUCGUUGAAGGCGAGAUGGCCCGGGGAUUCAUGCUUCCUGCCUCAACCAAGGAUUCCGGAUUGCCUUACACUCCUCAAUUCUUCGAUCCAUCAGCAUGGCGCCAUCUGUGA